AUGGGGCCUCCAAAAAUGCCAAACCGCAGAGCAUCCAAAAGAAUUUUAAAGCCAGUGAUUGAGAAAAAGAGGAGAGACCGCAUCAACCAGAGAUUAGACGAGCUGCGGACGCUUCUGCUGGACAACACGCUGGACACGAGACUCCAGAACCCCAAACUGGAGAAAGCGGAGAUCCUGGAGCUCACUGUCGAGUACAUCAGGAGGAAAACGGAAGAAAGCAAAGAUUUCAAGAAGGAGUCGUCGGACACUGUAGCAGCUGCGCUGACCGCCAGGAAACCCCGCCUGCCUUGCAUCUCCCUCCACGACCCCACCCAGCACCAGGCCAGCAACCCGCUCUACACAGCCGGCUUCCAGGAGUGCAUCUCGCGUUUGGCCAGCUUCGUCGAUUGCGUGGAGCCGUCACAGAGAGAACACUUCAUCCAGGGCCUCCGGCACCAUCUGGAUUCGCAUUCCGUCCGCAUUCCCAGCCACCCCUGGGCCUCCGGAACCUCAGAACCGUUCUCCUACACCAACAACCACCAACUGUAUCCCAAAUCCUUCGUUCUCCAUCACCCUCAUGCUUCGGGACAGGCUUUAACUCACCCUUACUCUUCUCCUCCAUACUCCCUCUCUCCUCCGCCCUCCCCCUGCUACUCCAGCGCCUCCCCGCCCUUCACCACCUCCCCCACGUACCUCUCUGUUCCCUGCCACUUCCCAUUCCCUCCGUCCGUAUCCCCUCUGUCUUCUGACUCCUCGUCCUCCUCGUCUUUCGCCACUUCCACUCCAGUGGUUACCGUGGUAGCGGCCCCCCAACCUCCGGUCAAGGCCAGACCUCCAACGCCGCUCCGGCCGGCAGUUCCAACACCCCCCUCCUGUCACCCCCAGAGGACUCUGAGGAGAGCCUUGUUUCAGAACCAGCAGCAGAACAUCUGGAGGCCAUGGUGA